GAGGCCAUACGCAUGUGGAAUAUGUGGAAAGCGGUAUACACGAGCUUCUCAUUUAACGAGACAUAAUCGGUAUCACACUGGUGAAAAACCGUUCUCCUGCAAGAUGUGUGAUAAGAAAUAUUCGGAACAAGAUUCUUUGAGCAAACACAUACGAAGCCAUACUGGAGCGAAGCCUUAUUCUUGCUAUGUCUGCAAAAAACGGUUCGCGGAUAAGGGCUAUUUGAACAAACACAUACUAAGCCAUACUGGAGCGAAGCCUUAUUCUUGCGAAAUCUGCAAAAAACGGUUCGUGCAUAAGGGCAAUUUGAACACACACUUACGAAGCCAUACUGGAGAGAAGCCUUAUUCUUGCGAAAUCUGCAAAAAACGGUUCGCGCGUAAGAGCAGUUUGAACACACACAUACUAAGCCAUACUGGAGCGAAGCCUUAUUCUUGCGAAAUCUGCAAAAAACGGUUCGUGCAAAAGGGCUAUUUGAACAUACACGUACUAAGCCAUACUGGAGCGAAGCCUUAUUCUUGCGAAAUCUGCAAAAAACGGUUCGCGCAAAGGGGCAGUUUGAACAGACACAUACUAAGCCAUACUGGAGCGAAGCCUUAUUCUUGCGAAAUCUGCAAAAAACGGUUCGCGCAUAAGUGCAAUUUGAAAACACACAUACGAAGCCAUACUGGAGCGAAGCCUUAUUCUUGCGAAAUCUGCAAAAAACGGUUCGCGCAAAGGGGCAGUUUGAACACACACAUACGAACCCAUACUGGAGCGAAGCCUUAAUCUUGCGAAAUCUGCAACAAACGGUUCGCGUUAAAGGGCAAUUUGAAAACACACAUACGAAGCCAUACUGGAGCGAAGCCUUAUUCUUGCGAAAUCUGCAAAAAACGGUUCGCGCAUAAGUGCAAUUUGAACACACAUACGAAUCCAUACUGGAGCGAAGCCUUAAUCUUGCGAAAUCUGCAACAAACGGUUCGCGUUAAAGGGCAAUUUAAACACACACAUACUAAGCCAUACUGGAGCGAAGCCUUAUUCUUGCGAAAUCUGCAAAAAACAGUUCCCGCGAAAGUUCAGUUUGAACACACACAUACGAAGCCAUACUGGAGCGUAGCCAAUUUUUACGAAAUCUGCAAAAAACGGUUGGCGCAUAAGGGCUAGGGAUACUAAGCCAUACUGGAGCGAAGCCUUAUUCUUGCGAAAUCUGCAACAAACGUUUUGAGCGAAAGUUCAAUUUGAAUACAUACAUACGAAGCCAUACUGGAGCGAAGCCUUAUUCCUGCAAUUUCUGCAAAAAGCUGUUUGGCUGAGGGCCUUCUCCAGUUUUCGCCAAGUUUUUCUAUCCUUGGCCUUCUGUGGCCAGUCCUUGCCAGCUGUAGCCACUAUUUCAUCGGUCCACCUUUCUUUCGGCUUCCCGUGUUUCCUGGUCCCGGUGGGACCACGCCAUAGCGUGGUUAUUACUGACUUCAACUUUAACUUCAAAUAUACUGUAUUCAUGUCGGCCUAGCAAGUAGCAACAAGCAAUAAUUAUAUUAUCUUAAGAGGGGGUAGAGGAGGGUAAAUUUUCAGAUUCUGUCAAAUUAUCUCAUUACACACAAACGCAGUUCACGCACACUACCUCAAUUCACUGGGACAGGUCAAUGACCCCUAAUGUUUUUUUAACGGUGCUGUUUCGAGUUUGGUAUUAACCACUGGCCUCCUUUGAGGAAUUGAAACUGGCAAAGCGUUCCUUGAAAUGAAAUGAAAUAUUUAUUUGUAAAAAAGAAAUGGGUAUACAUAAAUGAUCUUAUU